GACCGCUCCAACAACAGACGAGACGACGAUAACCCGUUUCUGCUGCCUGCACCGAAACGACAGGUGCCUUGCCCGACUGAAUCGACACGAGUACGAAGAUUACGUACUUGCAACGAUUCCCCAGACCGAUCCCACAGGCAGCACAAGACAUUGCCUCUUCGCCGAUUCCCCUCUUCGACCAGCUCGAGAGAUCAACAGCCCAACAUGUCGACGAGGAAGAAGGUCCUCCUCAAGGUCAUCAUCCUUGGCGACAGCGGUGUCGGCAAGACGAGUCUGAUGAACCAAUAUGUCAACAAGAAGUUCAGCGCCAGCUACAAGGCGACCAUCGGCGCCGACUUCCUGACGAGGGAGGUCCUCGUCGAUGACCGACAGGUGACAAUGCAGCUUUGGGACACUGCCGGCCAGGAGCGCUUCCAGUCCCUGGGCGUGGCUUUCUACCGUGGUGCCGACUGCUGCGUGCUCGUGUACGACGUGAACAACUCCAAGAGCUUCGACGCCCUUGACAGCUGGAGGGACGAGUUCCUGAUCCAGGCCUCGCCGCGGGAUCCCGACAACUUCCCCUUUGUCGUUCUUGGCAACAAGAUUGAUGUCGAGGAGAGCAAGCGUGUGAUCUCGACCAAGCGUGCCAUGACGUUCUGCCAGUCCAAGGGUGGAAUCCCUUACUUCGAGACCAGUGCGAAGGAGGCCGUCAACGUCGAGCAGGCUUUCGAGGUGAUCGCACGCAAUGCGCUGGCUCAGGAGGAGUCGGAGGAGUUCAGCGGCGACUUCCAGGACCCCAUCAACAUCCACAUUGGGGACGAUCGCGAUGGCUGUGCCUGUUAA